UAUCAUUAUCCCCACCUCACCUCACUCCCUCGCGUUCCUGGCGAGUGUCCAUAUGGCUCGUACGCACCAGCGAUGGGGUCAGCGCGCGCUCCACGCCCAUGUAUAUGUAUUUUUCCAUCGUUAAUUCUCCCUGCUGCAUCUACGCUAUAUCCAUAUCGUGCUCACUCCCGGAUCGCAAGCAUAUCUCCCUCAGUCUUCCCCCACAUGUAUCAAGCUUCCUGUACAUAGUCUACCUGCAGUUCUCUGUUGUUGUCUGCUCAACGUUCUUUGGGCCCUUCCUGGCUAACUCGCGCAGUGUAUUGUAACAAUGUUGUGAUGCAAAUAAUCGAAUUCCUUCCUGGCCACGACCUGGUGUGCGUCUGGGAUCCGCGUGGGCUGU